CAUGUGGGAAGCUCUACUGUUCAGUUUAAUUUUAAAAUGUUAAGCAUCAGACUAAAACUUUGCAUGAUUUUAAUCUUGGCCUUGAAUAUUCAAGGUAAGGCUGGCCACCCUUUUGACUUUUUUAACGAAAGCCUUGAAGACUUUGACGAUUGCCUAAAAAUGAAUAAUAUUUCCAAUGAAGAGUAUGAAGAGUUUGAAGAAUUUAAGAACUUAAAGAACCUCCUCAGCGAGAAUGUGGAAGAAAGGUUCAAGUGCAAUAUAAAAUGUCAGCUAGAAAGGCAACCAAAAAGAUGGUUAAAUCGUAUGGGUAAAAUGGAUCUGGAAUUGAUGAAUGCAACCAAAGAGGCAUCCGAAGACAUUGCCAACUGCAUGGACGAGGCUUCAGAUGAAUCUUGUGCCUACAGCUUCAAAUUGGUGAUCUGCGCUUUUAAGGCCGGUCACCCACCAACAGAUUUCUAAUGAAAACUAACUUUUACCUAUUACUAAUAAUAUCGAGAAAAUCCAGAAGUUACACUUUUUCCGAGCUGACAUGCUAAUCAUUUCUGAAAACAGUAACUACUUAAGUGAUUAAUAUUUAAUAAUACUUGGAAUAUAUAGGAAAUGUAUGGGGAAAACACCUUAUCAGUAGACAACCUAAAUUAGCAUGUGUAAUCUUUCUUAACUAGUUCACUUAAGCUAAAGCAAUUGUUUUAAAUAAAAGGGAAGUUUACAGAA